AUGGCACGAGGCGGAGACUCGGAAGGAACGGUGGCUCUACCACGGUUAGAAGAUAUCCUACGUCACCCAGAAGACCUGGACAAGAUCGCCGGACUGAGGGCGGAAUACUCGCGGAAAAAGGCAGCCGUCGAUUCACAGCUCCGAGAAGGCCUCCGGGGUCAACUGGAGACAGUACAACGCAGCAUCGGCGCGCUAACCGAAGGUCAGCGCCAGGUUUCGAAGACAAAAGAUGAACUCCAGGGGAUUGACAAACUAUGCGCGGAAUCACAAUCCAGCGUCGAGGAUUUCUCCCAAAUUGAUCGACUUGCCAAAGUGCAGAGGAACUUCGAGGCGGUCUUGACGAUGAAGAAGGGGCUGGAGAACUUUAGUGAGAAUCUUGCCGAGGUUGAGAAUCUCCUGAAAGAGGAUGAUGAUGAUCUCGAGAACCAGCCGAAUUUACUGCGGGCUCAUAUGCAGAUAUCUAAGUUGAGAGAUUUCCGGGACGAGGCAAUGGAUCAGAUACGGAAGGCUCAGGACCCGAGCAGUGAAGCCACGCUGGAGGAUUACUUCCAGGGUCUGGAUAGUGUUAUCGACUGGUUCGAUGAUCAUUUGGGAACUGCUUGUAUGAAUCUGAUCCCGCUUGUGCAGUCUGACAACCCUAGUAUGGUUGUCCGCCUGGCUGUUGUUGUCAUGAACGAGGAGAAGAAGGAUGAAACGGUUCGUGCUUUGCAGGAAGCGCAGAAGGACCACCAGGAUCUGGCAGGCCGGUUCAAGUCGAUGAAUGUGGGCCCCAAAACGAAUCAGUUUGAGAAUACCAAGGAGGAAUUCCUCAGCGAUCCAGAUAUCCUAGAGAAGAGUUUUCGAUGGUUCUUCAAUGACCUUUUCUCUGUUAAGCAGGGGAUGCAGACAUUAAUGCCAAAGAAGUGGAAGAUCUACAAAACAUACACCGAUAUCUACCAUCGGAUGAUGCAUGACUUCUUCGUGGAUCUGAUCAAUGACCCUGAGCUACCCCCAGAUAAUCUUCUUUCUAUUAUCCACUGGAGCGAGAAAUACUACAAGAAGAUGAACAAACUCGGCUGGAAACAGGCAGACCUGCGACCAAACAUUCUCGAUGACCGUGAACCUGAGCUCAUUCGACAGUGGCAGAGCAUUAUCAUCAAAGCGGUCGAAGAAUGGAUGGAGAGGAUCACAGAGACCGACAGGAAAGGCCUGGUGGAGCGCAUCCCUGACUCUCUGGACACUAAUGCAGAGGGCUAUUUCCGCACCAAAACCCUUCCAGAUAUGUGGCGUAUGAUUCAUGAACAGAUCCAGGCAGCUACCGCCUCGUCCCGCACAGACCUGGUCGAAGGCAUUAUCGAUUCUAUGUUCCGAGUGCUCAAGGGACGUCAGGCCGCUUGGCAAUCACUCAUCGAAGAGGAGUGCGCUAAGUACAAGGCGCCAGGUGGCGACCAGCUUGAUGGAUUGCAGCUGUUACAGGACUGGCUUGUUGCGGUGGCUAACGAUCAGAUUGCUUGCAUCGAUGACAAUGAUGAAUCAGGGCAACUGGGCUACCUGUCGAGGUUCAAGCGCGAUUUCGAGGCGCACGUCGACCCGAAAUACAUGGCGGCGCGAGCUAUACCCGAGCUGGACGCUCUUCGCGACGGUUACGUGGAUCUAAGUACCUACUGUCUUACUCAAUUCGUCGAAAUGGUUUUUGCUGUCGAUUUCCGCUCUACUAUCCCCGAUUUCUUCACUCAGAAGUGGUAUGGCGACUUUGCCAUCAAGCGGAUCACAUCUACAUUCGAGGAUUACAUGGCCGAUUACUCGCCUGUCAUUCACCCAUCUCUUGUUGACAUCUUAGUCGAGGAGCUCUCCGACGAACUCUUGGUCCGGUACCUGUCGUCUGUGCGUAACCGCGGCGUCAAGUUCCGGCGACACACUGAUCCAUACACGGACAAGUUCAAGGACGACGUUCUCACCGUUUUCGCCUUCUUUCAAAACUAUCCGGACUCGUUUGCCAGUACCAUCAAGCAAAAGUGGCGACUCGUCGACUGGUUGGUUCGCCUGCUUGAAUCAGAGAAGGGUCCUGCCGUUGUUGCAGUCUACGAGGAUUUCAAAAUGGAAUACUGGGAUCUUCAGCUGACGUGGGUUGAGGCAGUGCUUAGGACAAGGGAUGACUUUGAGAGAAGCAUGAUCAGCGCUGUCAAGGCCAAGGCAGCAGAGUUGUCGGUGGAAAGAGGUAUGGAGACUCUUAUGAGUCGGAUGAGGUAG